AGCUGUCGUCAGAACUCACAUUGUUAAGAAAACACCAGCAUAAUCUUCAAUUCCGAUUGCAAGGAUUCAUUGCCCGUCAUGAUGAUUUAUGGUAUAUUGUAUCACAAAUAAACAAUAAAUUUAAUUUUAUUUUGAUUGCAAUUCAUACAUCUAUCAUACUCGGAACCAGUUUCUGCGUUUUCACAUAUCUGUAUGUAGAUAUGAAUAACGUUAUCAAAUAUAUAAUGCUAAGUUUAUCUAUCAUCCUAACUUUUGUUUGUUUUGUGUAUGGAUUUCUUGCCUGUUACGUCGCUUUUUCGAUGGAAAAUACGUUUCAAGAUAUUCGAAAUGUGGUAGAUUGCGAUCUUUCUCUGCAAUUUAAGUUCAAAGUCUUGGAUUUCAUAAAGCGUUUUGGGAAGGUCGCAUUGGCAAUAAACAUUGGAGGAUGUUUCGAUAUCACGAAGAGAUUUCCUUUUAAGCUGGCGAAAACUUUGCACUCCGUGUUCUCCGGAAUGUUAAAACUAAGAGAUGUUUCUCAUCAAAAAAGAAAUUGUACUAAUAUUUCCUUCAAGAACAACAGCUAUUUAUUACUAGACAAUUAUAACUAAACGAAUUAUUUUUAGGGCACAUUUUUAUUGUGAUUAGGCAAUUGAAUAACUCUUCAGAUGUUUACUUCGUCUCAAGUUGCAUUGUCAGUGUUAGUCUGUGUUUGUAGCAGAAUUAAUAUACUGUAUUAUGACAUAUUUUUGUCCGUUU